GGACAGUCGAAAAGAAGAAGAAGCGUGAAAGAAAAUGCAGGUGGUGAUGGAAUAAUCAACCACUCAAAUCUCGCAGAUAUCAAUAAGAAAUCCCUAGACGAUAUCGGACAGCAGCAGAGCUAUCUCCAAAACGUACCAUCUCUGCAUUUGAUGCUUAAACAAACUACCUCCUCUGCUUACCCAUUUUCAUCCUUUUCUUUUCACAAUAUCCUCUCAUUUUCUCAUUAUUUACAUCUCCCAUCCACCCGCUUCAACACUCAUUCUGCGCCCCUUUCUCUGUCCUUCCUUUUCUAAUUACUGCCCGCCAUGUGUUUGAUUAUUUGCUUAUGUGAAAGUUCUGGCCUAAUGCUUUGAACUCUCACAUAAUUCAUAACACUUGUUCAAAUAGAACCAAAUAAGCGAUUAAACUUUCAUAUGGGAUGUUAAUAAUUGCUAUCUUGAUUCCUUAAAGGAAGAAUGUAGUGAUUUCCAUCUUGAUUAUAACCCAAAUGGAUGGCUGAGAUUGAAUUUGGAGCUGCACUUUUACUACUCUGUAAAAGAUCGACCCCAUUUGUAGUACCUUAUUUAAUUGAUGCAAUUUUUUUCCUUCUCCUCCAUAAAUAGCCCCUCUGUCAAUGGAUCUUCUCUUCUUUAAAUAGGAAUGAAACUGGCAGAGGUGAAAUAAUAAAGCCCCUGCAGUCAAGGUAGCUGGUGUUUUUAUUGUUCUUCUCCUCCAUAUUUACAUUGCUUCUGGUUUGGGGAAAUGUGAACCUGCUUGAUACCCUCAAUUAUCUGUCUGGGUUCUCAAGAAGACAUGAAAGGAACGUAUUAUUGUUUUAUGUUGGUUCUGCAUUUAGCUUGUUGGGUUUCUGCUAAAACCACCGCUUUUGCUCCAAAUCAUCCUCUCCUUCCUCAUAAACAACAACGUCUGUUGCCAGCUCUUGCCUCAGCCUCUUCUAAUUCAAAACAGGGUGUUGGAGGCGUAAAUGAAGAAGAAAUGAUGUAUAGAGGGACGAGACGAAUGGGUUCAGGGCGGCCGAGGUGUGAGCACAAAUGCUAUGGAUGCAGUCCAUGUGAAGCCAUUGAAGUGCCUACCAACAACAACAAGAAGAAGAAGAGGCGCACCCAGGUGGGGGUCCAAUACACCAACUAUGAGCCCGAGGGAUGGAAAUGCAAGUGUGGCCAUUCCUUUUACACCCCUUGAUUCUAACUUGCUUUUCAAUUAUUGCU